AUGCUCAAGAAGGCACCACCCAAGAUCACGAAGCGCACGGUCAAGGUGCCACUUGGUCCUUCCAUGAAAGAGAAGGCUGAGCGUCAGGCGGAGGAGAUCGUGCGGCGACGAGCUGUACGCGAGCGUGAGAUACAGGAGAGGAGGGAUGCCGCCGCCAUGGAGGCCGCUGCGCAGCCGCAGGGUCAACAAGAAGUGGUCGAGACCGCCCCGGUCGCGCAGAUGAUAAGCGACCCAAAGGAUUCACCUUCCUGCAGUAAGCGCAAGCGCGCUGGCGACGAGGGUCACGCUCAGCAAAAGAAGCCCAAGCUCGACAGCAACGAGUCGGAGGGCAGCGAGGUCUCGAAGGGUAGCGAGACGUCGCAGCCAGCCAAAGCCAGACCGGCAGUGCCUGACAACGCCACCACCGAGUCGAUGAGGGCGAAGGGAAAGCUGUACGUCUACCACCCGAAGCGACGUACCUUCGACUACUACACAAUCGGCGAGAACGACACCAUCGUCGGCCUUGCUCAGACUCGACGCCCGAGUGGUUUUAGGUCGGGUGCUGGCUCUGCAGCACCGAUCGCGGAUCCUAUUACUCCGACCCGUGAGCGUGAUGGUGAGACUGACUAUCAGCUCCAUGGCUUGGUCAAUACCAAGCUCUCUUGCUUCUCAAAUGGAGCUCUGUAG